AUGCUGUCCGUCAAAGUCAUGUUCGCUGCCCUCAUGGGCGUUGUUGCAGCGGCCGGUACCUGUGCGCCGGGCCAGAUUCAGUGUGGUGCUGCCUUGAUGGCUGAGCAGGGCUACACCAAGGCCGACCUCGUCGCUGCCCUCGCCGGCAAGAACGUCAAGCCCGAGCUCGCCCUCUUUGAGUGCGGCCAGGCCGACGAGCUCGCGUACGAGGGAUCGUACUGCUUGGGCAAGUGUGUGGGCGGUGACGACCCCAACACUAUCUGCACCUGCGCUUCCGCGACCGAGACAAGCUGUCCGUAA